AUGGUGUUCUCUCUGCUGCACUACAUCCUGUCGGCUCACGGCUCCAUGGAGCCCGAGGAGCCCCGGCACUUCCAGCCGUGGCGUGAUUACAUGGGUCUGGCGGAGACGGUGCGCGCCAUGCGGAGCUCCGGGCCCGGGGACAGCUCCUCCGCUCCUGGGCCGCAGCGGCAGCAGCACGGCGUGACCCGCGGGAGUUCUCCUCGGAGAUCCGAAGUGGAGGAGCUGCAGGAGAGGGAGAACCUCAGCGCCGCUCCGGCGUCUCCGAAUGCGCUCCCCGCGGCUCUUCAUCCUCCUCCUCCUCCUCGAUCCAGCGGGAAAUACUGCAGCUUCUGCAAACACAACGGCGAGUCCGAGGCCGUGUUCACGUCGCACUGCCUGAAGGGCCGCAGCGGGGAGGUGGUGUGUCCUUACCUGCGCAGGUACGUGUGUCCGCAGUGCGGGGCGACCGGCGCGCGCGCGCACACCAAGCGCUUCUGCCCGCUCGUUGACGUCACCUACACCUCCGUGUACACGCGCGCUCCGCGGUAAAGACCGUUACAUCGUCCGAGCUGUUCGAUCUUUUGAUCUGCGUUUCAAACGUAUACAAAUGUAGCAUUAACGGAAACCACUUCGGAAAAAGUGCCUUUAAUUAUUGGUGACACAAAAUGUUCUUAAAA